UCCAACAAACAAAAGCAGAAGCAGAACGCGGAAGCAAUUUAUUAUCCUCAGAUAUUCAUCACUCGCUCGGAUUCUCCAAUUUCCAUAACAAAAGCGCUUUUGAACUGAAACUCUCAAACCCCCUCCUUCUUCUUCUUCUCCUCCUCUCUGCUCACACAAUUAAAGCCAAUCAAUUUUUAGAAUUUUCAGUUUCCAAAUUUAACCUUCUAAAAUUGGUGGGUUCUAUUUCUUUUGAAGAAAUAUUCCAAUUUUCUCUUAUUUUUUCCUUUCAAUCUACGCGUAGCGAAAGUUGGAGAAGUAAUCGAUGGGUCUCUUUCUCUCAAAAAAUAUUUUGGUGAAUUUGAUUUGCAAUUCUUCUAUUUCUCCCGUUUUCUCCAAGAAAAAUGGCGGAGAUUUCAUCCCCAUGCAAAUUGAGAACAUGGUUUCUUUGGUUUCCCGAACAGGAAGACAAUUCCAGCGCUAUGAAGAAGGUUGCCGCCAAGUUGUAGGAUGCAUACCAUACAGAUAUCGGGAAAAACAAACUUCAUCUGAUGAGGAACUGGAAGUUCUUGUGAUUAGUUCACAGAAGGGGAAAGGAAUGUUGUUCCCAAAGGGAGGUUGGGAAAUGGAUGAGUCAAUUGAAGAGGCGGCGAAAAGAGAGACGCUCGAGGAAGCUGGUGUGACUGGCCAUCUUGAAACUAGAUUGGGAUCGUGGCGUUACAAGAGCAAAACCCAAGGCACGGUUCAUGAGGGGUACAUGUUCCCUUUGCUUGUUCAGCAGCAGUUGGAAUUUUGGCCCGAGAAAAGUUCCCGAAAACGUGAAUGGGUGACGGUCUCUGAAGCUAGAGAAGCAUGUCAAAAUUGGUGGAUGAAGGAAGCUUUGGAGAAAUUAGUUUGUCAAAAAAUGCAGCCCCAACCGAAGGGAGAGGAAGGAGAAGCAACUUGUACAUAGACAGGCAGUCUUAGGCUGGUUGUUUUUUCUUUUCGAGUUUUGGCGGAGCACAGCGGUGUACGUAGGGAGGAAGCAGUUUUCCCAAAAAAAGGGCUCAGAUUAGGAAACAGGAUGUCAGAUAGAAUUGCCUUCGCUGAAUCGCAAUCGCUGGCAUUCCCACAUGUUGUGUUCCUCCCAUCGUUUCUUCUCGAGUUAAGUCGUCUCCGAAAUGGGGACUGGUUGCGAAACUGUACAAUGUAGUUGAAGAAGAUCAUGUAGAAAUAGAACAUCAUGUAAAUUUACAAAUUCCAUUCUUUCAAUUCAAUUCAUUUUAAUUCUUUAA